AUGUCUCGGUUCGUGAUGGACUCCAACAAUCUAUGGCUGAUUUCCAUCACCGACGGCACGAUCAGGGUGAUGGAGGGCGCGUACUCGCCGGAUCUCAACACCCACGACGUCCCAAGAAAUCCCUCCGACUGGAAGCAAGCGGCCCGGAUCGGGAGCAACGCUUACUGCUCCCACCGCGAGCUGGAAGUGUUGGGCGUGGUCUUCACCGGCGGCAAAGUGGAGGAGCUGAGGAGCGGCAUAUCGGGAAGGCAAAUGAUGGUCAACAGGGAAGGGUUCAUGGUGACGUGGCUGAACCCUGGGGGCGGGAGUAUCUACCUGAGGCCCAACAGCGUCCUGCGCCGCCUCAACGACCUCUACGAGUGGUCCAAGCACGGCGUCCAGGUCGCCGUCCCGGUGGAAACCGCGUGGGACCGGUUCGAGCUCACCACCGGGAAGCUCAUGGUUGGGGCCGCUGGCACUGGCUCAGCACAAAAGGAGAUCGAGGAGCUCAAGAAGCAAGCACAGGAGAAAGACGACCAGCUUGCUGCCAAGGACAAGCAGAUCGCUAACCUCCGGAAUGCUCUCAGUGCCUUCGUUUAA